AUGUCUCAAAAGGAAAGUCGGCUCGCAAGCGUAGAAGACCUCCUUAACGGAACAGUAAGAAGCCCAAUCCAGUUGUCGCUUUUCAAGGAAACACUGGCCCGGGCAAUACUCAAAAAGCCGCAACAGCGAUGCAAUGACGUGAACGAAGAAUGGCUCAGCCCCUUCUGUGAAGCAGUGAACACUGUAAUACGAGCCUCCGAAUAUUGGCUUGCGGCGCAAACAACGGCAACAAGAAUGCGAAUUGCAGGAAUGCACCAUCAUCAGUUAGCCCGCAGAAACUUAGGGUCAACCGAAGACUUAGUAUACUUCAUUGCCUUUCGAAACAUCCAACGAUGGCUACAGAUUGCGGACCAAGGCUAUGACUACUGGUUGAUUCUCGAAAUCUGGGGAUUCUCUUUCAACGAACCCGAAGUGGCGCGAUGCUUCUACCUGGAUGUUCAGGGCUGGACACCGACUCUUCCAUCAAUCAUUCAAUAUGGCUACCAAUGCGCGGCAAAAACGUCACCAAUGGGAGACUUCCGACAAACGCAUAAAACAACCAUGACAAAACUUAUCAAAUCAACCAAACAACAAGCUGACUUGUGCAAAGGAGGAACUAUCCUCCUGGUCACCAGCACCGAUCUCAGCGGGGCACUCGCUGCGGCGGUAAAAACCGCAAAGAUCGAAGGCAGCUUCCUACUGGCAACAUACGAGGAGUCAAUCUUUGCCCAGAAAUUCGCUAACAGCGCAUUACAAUGGGCAAAGAUGAAACAAGCUGCAGAGGAGAUAUUGGGAGAAAGCCCAAACACUCUGAUCUAUUUGGACGACUCCCUGGCCCAGCGGCACGGAACCCAAAUCCCAAGUUCUUCAAAAACUGAACCUGUGCAACAAGUAAAAAGAGAGCCGGGAAAAGGCGAGAGUAUCACAGAAGGAGGUCUGGAGGCGAAACCAGACGUACCGAACGAGCAAGAGACUGAACAAGUCAAAGAGCUCAGGCGACAGAUUGAGCGGCUUCGCUUAGAAAAUAGCUUGAAGACCGAGAAUCUAUCAAAAGCGCUAAGUAAGGUGGGGGCCAUAGAAGAGGAACGGAAGGCAAACUGCGAAAUGCUUAACCGAUACGACGAGAUACACAAAGAAAUGAUCGCAAAAAUGGAUAACGCAUCGGAAAUCCUCGACAAGGCCAACCAUCUUUUUGGUAAUCGUAAGCGAGAUCACGACAGUAACACCUCAGAAACAGACUCCGAGGAAGAAGAUUGGGACGAACAAAGAGAGAAAGAAGCAGAGGAGCGAAAUGCAAGGAAAAGAACGAGCGAACAACGUCAAAAGAAGAGAGGCCGAGAAGAGAAUCCCAGUCCCUCUCGGAGGGAAAGCUCAACAGAGACAACAAGAAAAGAAAAACUGAGCGAGAAAAAGAAGCCAAAGAAGGAUGGAGUGGUCCGAUUCGUUGGAAACCCACAGAAAUUCCAAUUGAAAAAUUGGAAGACGGAAGAGAAUAUCACCUAUUGGGAGCACCUUACAAGGAAUAAAAUUGCUCUCAACAACGCAAAGCAGAGCGGGUUAACAGACAAGCUUGUCUACAACAUGGAAGGGGACAAAAGAACGAACACCCAAGAAAACCAAGCAUGGUCCAACAAGGGGAAAGGGAUAUCCGAAGCACCCAAGGUUAGCUGGAAGGAGAAAACAAGUGAUGAAUGGAACAGGGGACCCGCCACCCGGCCGAACGCAAAUCGACCCCCAUGGAACCGACAAGAGCGCUUCAGUCGGGGACGAGAACCUUAUCCCCGAAGAACUGGACCACGUGAACCCUUAUGUUUCAACUGCAAUGGGCGAGGCCAUAUGUGGCGCCAAUGCAGCAAACCACUCAAAGACCGAUUCGUGCGGGCACAAGCACAAGACAAAGCACGAGAGACGCGGGCGCGAGAGACAAAGACUCCGCCCGGGACAACAACUGCUAAGCCAAAAACCUCGGGCUAA